AUGUCUCAGCCUACGAUGAAAGCCGCGGGGGCUCGGCACCUGGUAACAGUGAUGGUGAUCGUGCCGCUUUUAAAUCUGCUCCUCUCGAUGCUUGGUCUGACCUUGUGCUUUCCGCUUUUUUUUCCAGAAGCGGCCGCAAAACAGCAAUUAUGAUGCCCGGCUUUUGUUAAUUUAACAACUCUUCUGUGUCUCACGAUUCGGCACACUACUACUACACUACUACUACUCAGCAUCUUGACACCCCUCGCCCCGCCUCUAUUCCCAUGUUGAAACACAUGGGCAAAGGCAUCAAGAUGCGGGGACCGAGAUGACCCCCAGAACACUCUAAAACAAACGGCGCAGCCGCUGGGCACUGAGAAUGCGGAUUGCGUCUCUGCGGAGGGUCCCUGUCGUGACGUGGUAGAAGGUAGUGGCGGUAACUUCACUUCGCAACUGGGUCGCGAGCCGGGAACGCUUGGUGCUGGAUUUAAUGCCGCGUCUGACCUUGGCCCCCACCCUCUCGCCAUUGUGGCGCAGGAUAAGGCUACUGGCGCUACAACGCCACACGCCCAGCGUGGUAAAGCUAAUCUCCGGGGCGGAUUUUUUCUGGAAACUACGACCACGGCUUCCUCUACCAGUCCUACCAGCUCCCACGGGCCAGCAGCUGGUGCUAUUCAUUCUUGGCUAUGUAGAGCGUUGCGCUAUUCCUGGCGACUUUGCUGUUUUUGUGUCUUAUUGGAAUGAAUCGGGUGAAAUAUAUGCCAGCCACCGUGAUGCCUUUGUUAGAUAAGCUGCUUGUGGCUUGACGGCUUCCCGUAAUCAUGCAUCUUCAGCAGCAUCUUCGCGACGUCUUCAAGGGGGAAACAGUCUUAGGAUUAAAUUGCAGGGGGAUUGUGGUGAGCUCUAAGAACAGUAGGCGCGCGCGGCUUAUAAGCUGACUGCCGUGCUUGAAGAAAAGACGUGACUCCGUCAGGGUCUGCGACUGAUGUCGCGCGUCGCUCAUCCUAUUACGGCGCUUGUUUGUGACUCUUGCUUUUGUUUUCCACUCGAUCGGCCGCCUCGUCUGUGUGUUCGCCCUCGUCUUAUUCACCCGCUCGGGCAUGCAAAGAUGUGGGCAUGUAACUCUUAGGCAGUUAAGAAAACUUCCGAGCAGUUUCAGUUAAAAGCCUGGCGGCUGCAGAGAAGCAAGGGGCUGGGAGGGAUGCCGAUGCGGGGCUGCCACUCGUGUCGGGCAAGGAAGGGGCCGCCAGGGCGACCAAGGCGCGCCCAUCCCGAUGUGGGCGCGAGUUGUUUCCUGUGUGUGUCAAAAUGGAGCGUUGCUGGCGAUCGAGCGCGCGCGUGCGCCGUGUGAGUCGAGUCCUGCGAGUGUGAGAAGCGUCGCGCGAGUGAUGGGAGGGCUGCGGUUUGUGAGUGCGAGCCGAGUCGUGGGAGUCGCGUCCCGCGAGGAGAGCGAACCGCGCACUGCGAGCGUGGGCCGCUUUCAAAAGUCGCACCUUGUAAGUGCGCGCCGCGUCUUACAGCUGCGAAGCGCGUCCUGCGAGUGUGGGCCGCGUCUUGCGAGUGUGAGGCGCGUCGCGCGAGUGUGAGCGAGAUUCGCGCCUUGCAAGUCGCGCCCUGCGAGUGCGCGCGUGAGUCGCGCCCGCGAGUGCGAGCCGCGUCUUGCGAGUGGAGUGCGCGAGUCGCGUCGUGUUGUGGGUGCGGGUCGCGUUUUGUGAGUGUGGGCCGCGUCUGGUCUUGCGAGUUGCGUCAUGCGAGGGAGUGCGGGCUGCGUCUAUCUUGCGCGUGGUGCGGGCCGCGUCUUGCGCGUGGGUGCGGGUCGUGUCUUGCUUGUGAGUGCGAGCCGGGUCCUGCGAGUCGUGUCUUGUGGGUGUUAGCCGCGUCUUCUUGCGAGUGCGAGUCGCGUCCCCUUGAGUGGGUGUCGCGUCUCUUUGUGAGUGUGGGCCGUGCCUUCUUGUGAGUGUGCGUGGGCCGCGUCUUGCGAGGGCGGGCCGCGUCUUGUGAGUGUGCGCCUUAUCUUGGGAGUACGCGCCGCGUCUUGCGGGUGUGGGUCGGGUCUUGUGAGUGCGACUUGCGCGCGCCUUGCGGGUGUGUGCCGCGUCUUGCGAGUGCGAGCGCGGGCCGCGUCCAUCCUGCGAGUGUGAAAGAAGCGAGCUGCGCCCUCGGUCUUCCUUGUGAGUGCGAGCCGCACCUUGUGAGUGUGGGCCGCGUCAGCGUCUCGCGAGCGUGUGGCGCGUCUUGCGAGCGCGUGCGGCGUCUUGCGAGUGCGAUUGCGACGCCGAGUCGUGUGUGUGUCUUGUGAGUGCGAGCCGCGUGCUGCGUGUGAGUGUGAGCUGCGUCCCGCGACUGUGCGCUGCGGGCGUCUCGCGAGUGCGGGCUGCGUCUUGCGAGUGCGAGCCGCGCCUUGCGAUUCGCGCCUUGUGAGUGCGGGCCGCGUGCGUCUGGUCUUGUGAGUGCGAGCGCAAGUGCGAGCCGCGUCGUGCGAGUGGGGGCCGCCUCUUGCGGGUCGCGUCUCGCGUGUGAAUGCGGGGCGGCUCUGCGCGUGCAAGCGGGGCCGUGUCUUGUGGGUCGCACGCGCUUUGCGAGUGCGGGCCGCAUCGUGCAAGCCGCCGCGCCAUGUGAGUGCGAGCCGCGUCUCUUGUCUUGUGGGUGUGAGUCGUGUCUUCUGUCUUGCGAGUGCGGGCUGUGUCUCGCGAGUGUGGGCUGUGUCUUGCGAGUGCAGGCCGAGUCUUGCGUGUGAGUGCAGUCUUGCCGCGCUUGGUCUUGCGUGCGGGUGUGGGUCGCGUCUUGCGUGCGAGUGCGAGCGUGAGUGGGUCGCGUCUUGCAUGCGAGUCCGGUUGCAGUGCUAGGCGCGUCUUGCGUGCGAGUGCGAGUGCGAGUGCGAGUGCGAGCGUCAGUCGCGCCUUGCAUGCGAGUGCGUGCGAUUCGCGGGCGUCUUGCAUGCGCUUGCGCACCGCGAGCCUCGCGAGUGUGAGUCUGUCGCGCCUUGUGAGUCGCACGCGACAUAUCUUGCGGGUCGCGUUGGUGGGUCGUGUCUCCUUGCGGGUUCGAGUCGUGUGCGUCCUGCGGGUUUGAGCUUGCGUGCCAGCUGCGUCUUGUGAGUGUGGGCAGCGUCUUGUGAGUGUCAGCCGUGUCGUGUGAGUGUUGGCUGCGUCUUGUGGGUGUGAACGUCAGGCGGACACGCCUGGGCAGCUCUUCUGGCUAAAGUGUGCCGGUCAAAGUUCUGCCUUUGUGGUGUCUACUCGUUUGGUUAGUGUGGUCGCGGCGCUUCGAGCUGGCCACUUUUUCGCGUCUUUGUUGAGGUCGGAGCGCUGCGGCGUGCAGGCUGUCAGGGGUCUUUGGUGUGACAGGUCGCCGCGACGCCACCUCGGUCGGCUUCUGCGGAGGGCUGUGGCGCUCAUGGUUGUUCGGUGGACAGGGGGCGCGGCCUCUUGAGAAGCGGGGGCGGGGGCUUGUCGCUGCUUUCUCUGUCUUCGUGCUCGGCGUCGGGGGUGGGUUUCUCGUUUGUUUCUAGGUUCUGCCUGCGUGUCGUAGUCGUUGUUGUUGGUGCGUCGCAGUGGGCUCUUUCGCGGUGUUCAGCGAGGUCUGUGCACAAGGGAGGGCGUGUGCUUGCUUGUGGUGACGCCCCCCUGGCUGUCGGUGCGUCAGUCUUUCUUUCACUUGCGAGAGACCUCUUCUGAUGGUGCGGUGUCGAGUAAGUCAUCGCUAGCUGGGGAGCGCGCGGAGGGCGGGCCCCUUUCUGUGUUUUCGUUUCUUCGCCGCGGGUGGGGGGAUGUUGCUUGGCGGAGCGUGCCGGGGUGGGCUCUCUCUCGAGCGCAAGCGCCAGCCCCGGGUGGCAGUUUCUAACUUUUUUUCUAGUAUUUAGUUCUAGUUGUAUAUAGCUCUACCAUUUAGUUCUAAGUCUAAUUUUCAGCGUCUACCUAGUAUGUAGUUCUAAUUUUGGGGUAUAGCAGGGGGGUUAGGCGGGGCUUAAAUUUUUCUAAUGUGAUAGGCUAGCUCGAAUGCUAACUGUUUUCAGGCCCCCCCCCUGGGGGGGGUUCUAGUUUUCUUCUGAUUUGUGUAAUAGACCACACGAAGCCGGCCCAACCUUGAGCCCAUCCCAGGCCCUCCCAGUAUCGUGCUCCUCGCGUUAUGUCACUGAGGCAACAUCUACCAAACCUGCACCAGGGAAGAGAAUGGAUAUGAUGCGAUGCCGCUCGUGUUGCGUGUGUCUUGUGUUGUGCUUGUUCUGUCUUGGUCGUUCUUCGUUCUUGUGCUUACCUCCUAAGUAGUUCGCUAAGAAAGUAGGACGCGGGCGCUGCGGAAUUGGGUCAAAUAAAGGCUCCGGAUAUCAGUGGCGGCUCGCUUGGGUCAUGGUUCGCCAUUGGUCAUAGUUUGGGCUCUAAUGUCUCGGGGGUGCAGAAUGGUGCCCAUUUUGGACCCCCUUGGCGCGGCGGUGCCAGGGGGGGGCAAGUUGUUUCUUUUUUUGCACCCAUUAAAAGUUAGAAGCUGAAUUCGAAAGACAUUAGAGCGAUUCCCAGCGGGUCUGAAACAAAUUAGAACUCGGAUAAGCCUAACGCGUUAGCGCAUUUUUUUAAGCGUUUAGAAGUGCGCAUGAGCUAGCCAAGCGAACUAGGGUCCUGGGAUCGGCUCCCGAAGCAGGGACGCUUGUGCCUCGGUAGGCUGUCUUGCUGUGAUCUGUCUCCUCGAAGUGCGUGGCGCGGUGGGUGGCGUUUGUCUUUCGCGCAGUCGCUUUGGAUUUUGGGUAGGUUGCUCCCGGCCCCUGGAGAGUCGUCGGGCGGGGCUUGCGUCGGAAGUCUUGCUGCGGAUAGCAUGGCUGCCCGCGCGGGUCGGUCCCACCUACCGCGGCUCCCGCGCUCGCUUUUCGCGAUGGGUGCUAGAGCUUGCUGGGCUUCUUGGCUCCUCGGUUCGGAUCUUCCGCCUUGGCUGCGUUUGUGGGAUCGGUCGGGCAUUGCUGGUGGGGUUGUGGCCUUCUGGCUCUUCGAGGGAGGGACUGCACUCGGCAGCAGAUGGGGCUUCUGGUGGUUGCGCCUCUGUGGGCUUGCGACAGCGUGUCCUCGGGCCGUCUGCUGGUGUCGUGUUUAGGGGCGAGCGUGCUGUUGGUCUCCAGCUUGUGUCUAGGUGUUGCGGUCGGCUGCCGUUCAUUCGCGUGGUUGGUGUCUGUUUCGGCGGCUGCCUUUUGGGCUCCUGUAGUUGCUUUGGUUUCGCCGUUACUCCAUUCGCGGGGGCUUACACGCGGGGGCGCCUGGUGCUCUUCGUGUCGGUAGCCUUAGAAACUAGAAAAAUUUUAGCAUUUUUAGCGACUUAGGCUGGCCGAAGUGGUCUGGCUGAUGAACGUGAGCCGCGUCGCCUUGCGAGUGCGAGUCUGUCACGCCUGGUGAGGGAGUGGCAGUCGCGUCGGGUGAGGGAGUGUGAGCUGUGUCUGACGAGAGGGCACAGGCCGCGGCGUGUGGGUGCGGGCUUCUCGGUCGUGUCUUUCCGUUAGUGUCUUGCGGGUGUGGGAGGGCUUGCUAUGGGCGUCUUGUGUGUUUGCCGUUGCCUCUCAUGUCUUCGCUGUUGUGGGUAGUGUGGCGCGCGUCUGGUGUGUAUGGUUGCGCCUGGCGAGUCGUGUGGGCGUGUCCGUCGCGUCUGGCAAUAAUUUUGCGUGGCUUCCUUAGCGGCGGCGUGGCUUCCAGAUAGGUGCGCAGCGGCUUAUAAUGCGCAUCGGCGCACCAAAGUCAAGGGGCCCCGCGUUGUGGUGCGGGUUGCUUGCUUUGUAUAGUUGUUUGCCUUACAGCUAGUGGGCUGAACUGGGCGGGGGGACUGGCAAAAAGGGGCCUGGAAUUGCUGAAAAGGUGCCCCGCAUUACGAAAAAGACCCGCGGGGCCCUGGGAUUGCUAAAGGGAUCCAUGGCGCCCGGGGGUUGGUACCUAAAGAGAGCAGUCGCGAUUGCUAAGAGGAGGGCUCUCGACUGCUAAAAAGAGCAGCUUGGACUGCUAGCAGCUGUUCUCGUUCGUUUUUGUUUUUCUGUUAAUUUGCCGCUAGCUGUUAGCCUGUUAGCGUGUCUGGCAGUUUAUCCGUUAACUUCGGGGGCCCGAGUCUUUUUGGCAUUGCGGAGGACCCUUUCGGCAGUUGUCGAAUCUUUUCAGCAGUCGCUCAGGCUUUUGGGCAGUGACGUAACUGCUGAAAAGACUGGCGCUCAGUCUCUUGUGUGACGCCGUUCACCCCGGCACGGGGUCGCCGCUUGCAUCUGCCUCGGCUUGUGCUGGGUGGGGCUUGCAAGCAUACGGAGGGCGCCCGCUUCUGGCAAACUUGUUGGAAAAAUCCAUCGGGGAAAAAGUUGGGACUACAAGGAGGAGAAGCAAAAGGCGAACGCCUGAGGGAGGCCGAGGCUGGCCAGGCUCCAGCAUUCUCCAAAAUUUUGAAACUUUUUGCAUAAACUCGCCAGAAAAUCCUCAAAGAGUUCAGCUGGAUUCUGGAGAGCAGGUGGCAACCGCAGCCGCGUUCUUUUGCUCUUGGAUGGUAGGAGAUUGGCGCUGCUGCUUUUUGCUCCAAGAAAGUGCGCCAAAAGCCGCCGCCAUGCCAUGCGGAACGAAAGGCCAAAAAGGGCGCAGGCGUCUUCUUCUUUUUUGUGCUUUCUGCAGGCGGUUGAGUGGCACUUUUUUGGUGCAUUCUGGGCGCUUCUUGUGUUUCUUUUUCGCUUGUUGUUCGUACCGUCUUGCGAUCUUCGGGCCGGCGCCGCCGCGCUUUGUUCUAAGCGCGCCCCGGAGGUCGUGGAGCCUGUUUCAAAUUUGUUCGAAAUUCAUUCCAAAGGCAUCCCAGGCGAGGUGGGUUCGAGUGCGUUGCGUGCCGUUUUGCUUCUUGUUUGGGAUGAACUGUGAAAGGAUUGCCGCGCAAAUGUGAAGCGAAUUCCGCGACCCUGAGACCACGCCCAAAACGAGGCGCGGCCGCCUGAAGGUCGCGGGACAGCACUAGAAACAAGUGAAAAAGAGGCACAAAAAGCGUCCAGACUGUGCCAAAAAAGCGGCGCCUUCAACCGACUGCAGAGCCCCUGAAAUAAUAGAAAGGCCUUGCGCCUUUUCUGACGUUUUUGCAUGACAUGGCGAAGGCCUUUCAUGCAAAAUAGAGGUCGCGGCGCUGAUUCUGUAUCAUGAAAAGAGAGAGCGGCUUGGGCUGUGACCUCUGUCUUUGGCGGCUGGAGUUGAGCUUUUUGGAGCUUUUCUGCAGCGCUCGGCCGUGGCAGAGUGAUCACCUUGGCGCCGCCACGGGGGCUGGGGAUGCUUUGCGUGUCUCAUUCUCACAGGCCCGCGCCGAGCGCGGUCGCCCGCGGGUGUCUGCUUGUAACUGAGGUGAGCCCGCGGGGGAGCAAUGAAAACGGGGAACAACGGGUGCCCGCCUUUGAAGUUCUCGCUUUCAUUCGCACCGGGCGCCAGCCCCUGCGCCGCUCGCUUGCUUGGGGCACCUCUCUCACGCGUUAAAGCUUGCACAGGCAACAGCCCGCACAGUCGCGCUUUCUUUAUGAAGGAGGGGCGGCGGCUUACAGCUUGCCAAGGCUUGCGCCUUGCAGCAUGCAGAAAGAACGCGCCGCCACCUCAAGCCAAGCCAGGGCCGCCGGCUGAGUGGCGCUGGGAAAAGCCCACCCACGCACAGGCUGAGAGGCAGAAUGGAGAAAAAGUAGAAGAAACACCUGCCAGAACGUGAAAAGCUUGGACAGCUUUGGGGAUGAAUAGGGGACGGGCUGAGAGCUUAGGAAGCUAGAGGCGGGCCUCUUUAAUAAGAAGACGCCGCGCGCCCUCUGUCUUGGACUGGGUGUCUCUUGCGUGAAGUUCAAGAGAACCCCGGAGCAAAAUGCAAAAGCAAACCGCGGACCCCGCUGGCGUCUGAAGUAAGAGGAAGCCCACUCCAAGGCCCAAAGUUUGGCGCUGGCUGCAAGCAAAAAAAAUAACUCACAGACAAGCAGAGCUGCGCGGGGUCUUGACUGAAGAAAACGCAUCCAUCAGGCCCCCCUCUGUCUUAGUUUGGUCUUUGGGUAAUUAGCUGCGUGGUGUCUUGACUGGAGAAAACCCAUGAGGCCCCCUCGCUCUGUCUCAGUUUGUUUGGCCUUUGAGUUUGUAUUCGGUUCUCGACUGCUCAGUUGUUUUUUUCGUGGUGAGCUUAAUCUGUUCCUUUUCGGUUUAUGCCCAUCAGGCCUUUUUCUUGUUUCCGUUUGUGGUUUCUGUCAUGUACUUCGGUCUUGGCGGGUGUCGGUUUUCCGCAUUAUGUCAUACUCAUUCCUGGCACCCUAACCCCUGUUUGGUUGAUGUCUUUGUUUGGCUUGCUAUACUGGGCCUUGUAUUUGAGUUUUGACUACCUCGGGUAUCUCUACAGUGUAAAAAUGACGGGUGGACACUGUGCGGUGGCUUUGCGGCGACGCAGGUAAGUGUGGACAAUUUAUGCUGGCUUAUUUCAACGCUUUUUUAAGACCGGAGAUUUUUUCACACGACAAGCUCGGGAUGUCACUGCGGGUGAGCUAGCACCCCUGAGCCGCAGUGACUCACCGUGCCCUUACUUGUGCGAGCACUCACUUUCCGUUGGUUCUUCGGUUAUGUUAUCCUUUCUCUUUCCUUCUGGCCUACUUGUGUUUCCUUAUGUUUUCCUGUCAGUGAGACCUCAGGUGGCAGUAGUGUGCCAAAUAUCCGCACUAGCUAUCUUAACCUAUUUAAGUUUUGUUUAUGGUCCACCCUCCCCGCCCUUGCUUGGUCGCUGGCCUUUGGACUUCCUUAGUUGUUUUAAUCAUGCUUUAUUCAGGCUAAUCUUUCCUUCCUCCAUUCCAUACAGCCACAAGAGAAUACCUACCACAGGAAGGUAGCGCUACGUGGGAGUUUUCUUCUGAAGAUCAACUUCUACUACAUGGAUUUCAGCAGAUCACUUACCGCCUGGGUUUACAACUUUUAGUCUAUACGUCUUUGGAUAAUUAAAUAGAUACCGGGGGAAGCCUCUACCAGUCGCCGCCUCUGCCUUGAGUUAUGGAUCGCGGCGCCCCUUGUCUUUCAGGUAUUGCGGCCGCUGGGCUUUCCGGGGCUGGGGUGGUCUUUCCCCUGGAGCUGGAUUCUCCAACCCUCACGACGAGCCAGCCUAAAAAGGCCCCGGAUGUCGACAAACCCGGCGACGAAGUGGCCCAGGGCAAUGGCCUCCUGCAGAUUGGGGUGGCCCCUGAUACCUGGAACGAAACCAGGGCGGGCGCGGUGGCUCACGACGAUGGGUUUUUUCAGCUGUCUGACUGUGGUUGUGGGUCCUCGGCGGGCUGCGAUUGUGGUGGAGGAGGUGGGGCGGCGCACCCAGAUCGGAUUAAAUGGGUCCACCGACUUGGAGCAGCAGGCGAUAAAAAGCAAAAGGAGGCGCUUAGGCGUCUGUGCACGCACGGCAAAUAUAUGGCCACUCGCGUCCUCGCGACGCUUGGCAACGGGUUCUUGGACGGUGAUUGUGUAACACGCCUGGCAGAGUCCUCGCGCGUGCUGCAGUAUGAGGGAGAUAGGGAGGAUGUGUGGCUGGCCGUUUUCUGGAAGGAGAGAGAGGCGGUUGAGUUUUAUCUACUGCCGAAAGCGUACGGUCGACAGAUCAUCCUGGCCGCACGUCGUUACGAAGAUGGAAAACAGCAAUGGGGGCCAACGUGGUCGGACCUUGAGGAGACGUACACAAGACUGGUCGGCGUGGAAAAGGCCAGCAGAUCCAAGUGGGGCCGCUUUGUGCGUACGACAUCGGUGGCGAAGCCCAUCCCGGCUCCUUACAGCCCGCGCGGCCUCGCUUUUCGCUUUCAGCUGGGGCUGAGCGUGAAGCUACCGGGCAGCAUGUUGGAGACCUGUGGAAACCAAUCCAAAGGAAGGGUCGCGAAGGUUCUUGGCUUUUUUCGCAGGGCUUGGGCAGCGAAGCUGAAGCAGAGCUGCGCCGAGCUUUCUCCGGUCUUGACGAAGGUCAUCCGAGAGUACGAGGAAUCUCCAGGAGGUGGGUCAAAGGGGAUCUUCUUCCCGGGUGCAGGGCCUCGUAAAGAGGACGCGAAGGCAGCCAGGGAGCUCUUUUACGAAAACGGAGCGGAAGAGGGGGAAGGGGGAGAGGGGCUAGACGACGCGGAAGUCGUGGUCAGCGAGCAUGAGGAGCCUUUGGGGGUGCAGGAAAUUGCCAUAAUUGGAACCGCGGAAAAAAGUGGUCACGCAUGUGCAUACAAGGGGCGCGCCCAGCUCGCUUGCCUCUUUCUCCAGCAUAAAGAGGGCGCGGCCUCGCUAACAGGGGCUGGCCUCUCGGCUUCCUUGGUGCGUGGCUCGUUUCUGCAAACCAGGCUGGAGUUUGACCCUUUUUCUCUUACUGUCUUAUGCAUUAUUCUGGGUCUCCUCUUUUUGUUCUUCCUGGGGCUGGCCGUGAAAGGUGCGGAUGACACGAGUGCCCUGUGUGUCCUAGCUAGGCGUACCUGGUCGCCGGAAAAUGCUGGAAGUGAUUUUAAAAAGGAUUGUGAGACAUUUAAGAGGGCGUGUCAGGAGGUCCCGGAGGGCUGUCGAGGAUUUGUCGGCACCUCAAACUAA